UUAUUCUUAACACAUAUUAAUAAUAGAUGCACAAUCAAAUAAACCUUCUCAAAAAACUCUUAUGAGUAAUUAAAUCCGUAUAGAAUGGCUACUAAACAAUUGUAAACCAGAAGAAAAUAUACACGCAUUUGAUAGAUGCACAGGAUUUUCCAUAAAAUAUCAUAAUUUAUAUCAAAAGUCAAAAGAUAUGAUAAAAAAUGCUUAAAAUAAUAGCUAACUUCAAAAGAUAAAAUAUUAAGCAAUCCAAGCAUCAUAAAAUUAAUUACUAUUAGGAGACACAAAAAAUCAAAAUUAAACUAAUACAAUAGAAGAUGCAGAUGAAUAUACAUAAAUAAUGGGAACAUAUUAAAUUACUGAAAAACAAGUUUUAAAAAAUAUAUACAAUUAUUUUGCUCCAAGAGUAAUAAUGAAGUAAUUUCAUGACCAUUAUAAAAUAAUUAAAAAACUAGGUUAAGGAUCAUUUGCUACAGUAAAAAUUAAUUAAAAAGAAAUAAAAAUAAUAAUAUAAAGGUAUAUUUAGUAGUACAUAAAGAAACAGGUAAAUAAUUAGCUGCAAAAGCUUUAUUAAAAGAAAGACUUUUAAUGGAAGCUAAAGGAGUUGAAUCAUUUUUUAAUGAAGUAAAUAUAAUGAAAUAAAUAAACCAUUAACAUCUUUUAAAAUUGUAUGAAGUUUGGGAAAAUAGUCAUAGUUUCUUUUACGUUAUGGAAUUAGCAAAUGCAGGUUCUUUAUAAAAUAGAAUUAGUUAAGCUAAAAAGUAAAAAAAUGAUAAAAUCUAUAACAAUUAAACUUCUAUUUUAAAUGAAUAAGAAAUAUAAACUUCUAUGAAAUAAUUACUUUAAGCACUUGUUUAUUUAUAAGAGAAAAAUAUUAUACAUAGAGAUAUUAAACCAGAUAACAUAUUAUUUAAAAAAAUAGUUAAUAAAUAAAAAAACACGGAAUAACUCUCUGCACUUUUUGUUGAUUUUGGACUUAGUACUAAAUCUAAUUUAAAAGAAUAUUUAUAUUACAAAUGUGGAACUCCAGGAUAUAUAUCUCCCGAAAUCAUAUAAUAAAAAUCAGGAAACAAAGAAGCUCAGAGUACUUAAAGUGAUAUGUUCUAAUUAGGAGUUGUACUGUAUAAUAUGUAUAUUUUAUUAGUUUUUUAUAUUUAUUUAUUUUAGUUGUAAGGCUAACUUUAAAACCUUUAUUUGUCUCUUCAAAUGCAAAAUAACUUUUAUAAUUAAAUAAAGAAUGUGUAAUAGAUUUAAAAAGCGAAAAUUUUUCAAAAUAUAGUUAAUAUGGUAAAAAAAAAAAAUUAAAUAAAAACUAAAAUUAAAGUAAAAAGCAUUUGA